AUGUCUGACUCCAAACAACAACCUGAUGCCCCCGCCCAAUCCCUUCAUGCCAUCAAUUUUACCUCGCCUGACUUCUGGCCACACGCUCCUGAACUUUACUUCAUCGGCACAGAAUCAGCCUUUUAUUCUGCCAACGUUACCAAGGAGCUGGCGAAAUACCAUAAACUUGUGGCGGUUCUCCCCGCUAGUGCCAUCUCUCAAAUUCAGUCCUUGCUAUCAAAUCCUCUUGCAGAUGUCCCUUACUCCACGUUAAAGGCAGAAAUUCUCCGACUUAAUUCUAUGUCCGACCGACAGCGGUAUCACCAGUUACUUAAGGAAGAGUCACUGGGUGACCGGAAGCCCUCAGAACGUCUACGUCGAAUGCUUUCUCUCCUUGGAGACAUGCAGGUUGACGAUAAAUUCGUCACAAAGAUACUCCUAGAGCGUCUGCUCGCAGAUGUUCAAAGGAUUCUGGCGUCUGGUCCUCAAGAACUUACGGUCUCACAGCUGGCUGAGAUUGCGGAUCGAAUAAUAAAGGUGCAGCGGUUCCAGUCACCUUCCGUUGCCCAGAUCUCCUCAUCGUCAGUGAAUAAACAUUUAGUGAAACUGGUGUCGACCAUGGCGGAUGAGAUGGCCUCCCUUAAACUGCAGCUCGCCCGCCUUACUUCCAUUCGCUCAUGCAGCCGUCGUCGUUCUCGUUCGCGACCUCGGACCGCCGAUACUUGUUGGUAUCACACUAAUUUCGGCAUAAAGGCCCGUCGCUGUUCCUCACCCUGCUCUUUUAAGCAGAAACAGGGAAACCAGUCUGCCAGAGAAUAGAUGAGACCCUUUCUAUGGCUCUUUCGGCUCAGGUCGCGACUUCUAUGUUUGCGACACAGUUACUCGCAGACGUUUUCUGGUGGACACUGGAGCCCAAAUCAGCGUUGUUUCCUUAACUGCAGCAGAUCGUCGUUUCCCUAGCCCUGGUCUUCACCUCCAAGCUACCAACUGUUCCCCUAUUCCCACUUUCAGCAGUCUGUCCCUCAUCCUGAACAUUGACCUUCGUCGGUCAUUCACCUGGAUCUUUGUGAUUGCUGAUGUCCCUCAUGCAAUCCUCGGUCCGGACUUUCUUGCCGAGUUCGAUCUCCUUGUUGACUGCCGACGUGCCCGUCUCCUCGACCGCACAACCGGUCUGUUUGUUCGUGGACUGACUCCCUUUACUGCCUCCCACCAACGUAUCUGUCUUGGAUACGGAUAUUGCUAG